GGAUGGUUGUUGCCCCGGAAGUGCUUAUUUAUCCUUCCGGACCGGCUGUAAGGGGCGCUAUGGCUACGCCGAGAGGCUCCACGGGGACCAAAACGAAGGCGUCCGACGAUGGAGAUGCCCCUCCUGCUAAGAAAGCCCCCAUUUUCUAUGGGAGCCUGGAGGAGAAAGAGCGCGAACGGAUCCUGAAGGGGGAGUCGGGGAUGAUGGGCAAAGAAGCCGUCAAAGCGGCCAUCGAGGCUGGCAACAUCAACAUCUCCACCGGGGAAGUUUUUGACUUGGACGACCACAUCAGUGAACGCCAAGCGGAAGUCCUGGCCGAAUUCGAGCGCCGGAAACGAGCGAGGCAAAUCAACGUUUCCACGGAUGACUCCGAGGUCAAGGCCUGCUUACGAGCGCUUGGAGAACCCAUAACGCUGUUCGGAGAAGGCCCGGCCGAAAGGAGGGAGAGGCUGCGUAAUAUCCUCUCAGUCGUUGGUCCCGACGCCUUGAAGAAAACCAAGAAGGAUGAUGAAAAAUCCAAGAAGUGCAAAGAAGAGUAUCAGCAGACUUGGUACCACGAAGGGCCAACCACCUUGAAGACGGCGAGACUCUGGAUUGCAAACUACUCUCUUCCACGGGCAGUGAAGCGACUAGACGAAGCCCGGUUUUUUAAGGAAGUCCCUGAAGCCACCCGGACAUCUCAGAAACAAGAGCUUCACAAAUCUUUAAGGUCCCUGAAUAACUUCUGCAGCCAAAUUGGGGAUGACCGUCCUCUUUCCUUUUGUCACUUCAGUUCCAACUCCAAAUUCUUGGCCACAGCCUGUUGGAGCGGCCUCUGCAAGAUAUGGACCGUGCCAGACUGCAACCUCGUCCUCACUUUGCGAGGGCACAACACCAACGUCGGCGCCAUCGUCUUCCACCCCAAAGCCACCAUCUCGCUGGACAAGAAGGACGUCAAUCUGGCCUCCUGCGCAGCUGAUGGAUCUGUCAAGCUCUGGAGCCUGGAAAGCGAUGAACCAGUGGCUGAUAUAGAAGGUCACACGGUGAGAGUGGCCCGAGUCACUUGGCAUCCCUCUGGCAGAUUUUUGGGCACCACAUGCUAUGACCACUCCUGGCGUUUGUGGGACCUUGAAGCCCAAGAGGAGAUUCUUCACCAGGAAGGGCACAGCAAAGGGGUCUACGACAUCGCCUUCCAUGGCGACGGCUCCUUAGCAGGCACUGGCGGCCUUGACGCCUUUGGGCGUGUCUGGGACCUACGCACCGGGCGUUGCAUCAUGUUCUUGGAAGGUCACCUCAAAGAGAUUUACGGGGUCAGCUUUUCCCCUAACGGGUACCACAUCGCUACUGGCAGCGGAGACAACACCUGCAAAGUUUGGGACCUUCGUCAGAGGAGGUGCAUUUACACCAUCCCCGCCCAUCAGAAUCUGAUCACCGGAGUAAAAUUUGAACCGAAUCACGGCAACUUCCUGCUGACCGGGGCCUACGACAACACGGCCAAAGUGUGGACCCACCCGGGCUGGUCUCCCUUGAAGACUUUGGCCGGACACGAAGGCAAAGUCAUGGGCUUGGACAUCUCCAUGGACGGCCAAUUGAUCGCCACCUGCUCCUACGACCGGACCUUCAAGCUCUGGAUGGCGGAAUAAGCAGGGUAUUUCCACCCACGCCUGACCCUUUCUCACGUCCUAUUUUUUUUAAUUUACGUCCUUCCUUCCUUCUCUGGUGGGGCUCCGGAUUCUCGCCGUGGUGGGGGGAAACCAACCACAACCCCCACACACAGUUUUCAACCCCGGGGGAUAAAGGUUGGCUACCCUGUUUUUGGCUGAUCUCGGAUGGACACGCUUCCGGGGGAUCCAGGGGGGGUCCCCUCAGAUAGGUGGUCUUUGGGCCUCUCUGUUUGGGAUCGGGGCCCUUUUCUCUGUUGGGCAGAGAUCUUUUUUUUUUAAAGAAAAACAAGUAUUAAAGCAAAGUGGCUGCAUCUCUUUCAAAGCCUCCACCCGUUCCCUUGUCUGCAGUUUUUGUCUUUUGAAACUUAGGGCCUGAUGGGUUGCACAGGUGGUCCUCGUGUUAUACAGCCACCUGUUUAAUGAGCGUAAGGACUGAUAAAUCCUUCCUUCUAUCCCUUUCUUUCCUUUUCUCCUCCCUCCCUUCAUUCCCUUUUCCUCUCCUCCCUUCUCUUCACUCUUCACACAACACGGACUUCUUCUAAAUUCCCUUCUGGGCAACCAAAGUUGGAUUCCUUCCUGCCCUGCUCCCUCCUCCAUAAAUUUAAUUUCAACCCCCCUCAGUUGUAAUUCAGUGGCAGCAUUGACACAGUGAAUGAAUUAGCCCACAUUUGCAUUCACCCCACUGAAAUCGAACGCCAAAAAGGCCAGGUUUCCAGAACUGCGGAAAAAAAACUUCCCCUAAUCUUGGUCAAAACAAUUUUACCGUGGGGGAUGAAUGCAUUUGCUAGAUACACAGGACCUGGUGAACUUCGUAAUAUUUGGGCAGUGAGAAGAGCAUUUAAUAAAUAAACGAUGCAAACCAGCCCAGAGGAUGAAAG